AAGGGCACAAGAACCAGCCGGGUGUUCAGCCGCUCGCUGUUUGGCGCCAACCGCGCGGAAAGACACAUAAACCAGCCCGAUCCCCGUUCGAUUCCUCCCGGUUGAUCCGUCCUCGGCCGCCGCUGCCUCCUCCAGCCGCCGCUCGGUGCGUUAGCCUGCUAGCAUCGCCCGCCUCCCGGUGUCGUGUUGAUGUGACCGUGGCCCCCCUCAUCUCUGUGGCCACGAUCCUAGGAACUCAGCAGCGGCAUAGCGCGGGGACAAUAGAGGCGUGUUUCUCCCGGGGGAGCCGAGCAGACACAGCGCCAAAAAUGGGGAGGAAGUCCAACAGAGCAAAGGAGAAGAAGGCCCGGCGUCAGGAGGAGAGGGCGGCUAUGGACGCCGUCUGUGCGAAGGUGGAAGCUGCCAAUAAGCUGGAUGAUCCACUGGCCGCCUUCCCAGCUUUCAAGAAAUACGACAGAAACGGGCUGAACCUGCAGAUAGAGUGUAAGCGGGUGUCCACCCUCAAUCCCCUGUCUGUGGAGUGGGCCUUCGAACUCACAAGAGCCAACAUGCAGACACUGUACGAGCAGAGCGAGUGGGGGUGGAAGGAGAGGGAAAAGAGGGAUGAGAUGAACGAUGAGAGGGCGUGGUACCUGCUGGCCCGUGACGGCGACUCCGCCCCUGUGGCCUUCUCUCACUUCCGAUUCGAUGUGGAGUGCGGGGAGGAGGUUUUAUAUUGCUAUGAGGUGCAGUUAGAGAGCAGAGUACGGAGGAAAGGACUCGGCAAGUUUCUCAUCCAGAUACUACAGCUCAUCGCUAACAGUACACAGAUGAAGAAAGUGAUGUUGACAGUUUUCAAACACAACCACGGGGCUUACCAAUUCUUCAGGGAUGCUUUACAGUUUGAGAUGGACGAAACUUCGCCGAGCAUGUCCGGUUGCUGCGGCGACGACUGCUCUUACGAGAUUCUGAGCCGGCGGACCAAACACGGCGAGGCAUCGGCGGGACACACCCACGGGGGGGGCCACUGCGGUGGCUGCUGCCACUGAUUCGACUCCAGUUACACUUUUUCUGAUUGGUUUAAAAAGCCAGCAACUUUCAUGGCUGUGUGUGAAAGCUUGAGCUGCCUGCUAUUCUGCAAACAUUGAGUUUGAACGGUCAUCUCUACAACCGUUUAAAAAUGAACAGAUGGAGGAAUACCUGGCUACAGAUGUUGAUGUCGCAUUGAGAUUCGUGUGUCUCUUUGUUUCCCGCUACAAAGGCAGAAUGCAGUGUGAGCUUUCACACAUAGCUCCUGUUUGUCGUUUCCUACUUCUUGGUUCAAUGUCCAAGUCAUCUUUUCUCAUUCCCUUCUCCCACUUUAUGAUUAUCAGUAGUUCGCAGUCAAGAAAAGGUCUAUUGCUGACAUUAUUUUACCAGCCACACUCCACCUCAUGCCAUCUUCCUCUCAUCUCCCAAGCUGUUUUCAGACAUGACCUGCGGAUAAAAUCCAUAGAAUUGGCUAUAAAGUUCACCCAGAGUCCGCCUUUCACACAUGUACAACACAGCGAGUUGUUCUCUGCACAGACACGUUCACAACAGCAACAAAUCCUCCACAUUAUUCAGGCGCGAGUAAGAGCAGGGUGCAGCAGACGGGCAGGAAGCAACGUUAUUCACUCUGCUGCGGAGAUCACAUGAUUUUCACACACUAUUAUCACCACAAACUCCCUAGACAUAUUUGUCAAGUUUUUUCAACGUGUAGGACACCGAGUUUUCACCGUGAUAUAUAUGUCUUUGUCUAUUUAAUUUUUGCGUCUGUUGCGUGUCACAAGCGUCAUCAACUUCUUACAUCCUCUUCUCCUGGAUUUUAACUAACAGUAUACUAGGGGGCAGAUAGAUAAAGUCUGCAGAUAGUGCAGAGCGUCUCACUCGGUCAUUUGCGGUCACAUUUUUUCACCUCCUCUGGACAACCUACGGAGGAACUGCAGGCUUCAGUGCAUGUCUGAAAGCAGCUCAAAUGUACUAUACUGUAUCAAAUCCUUCUGCAGUGCUGCUUUGUCUAAAGUGGUACAUUUAACUAAGUUGAUCAUGUUUCAAUGAAUACUCGGCAGGUUUAAAUCUGACUUUUUAAAGUCUCCUUAGGAUCUCAUACAAAGGCUCGGAACUUGUUUCCCACAGGAUUAUUUAAUAUCCCCUAAUUUACCCCUUAAAUAGUCUCAGAAGCCUCCUUUAUAUUCUAACCUGAAUUAUAUGCUAAUGUGGUUUGUUACAUUUUAUUUUAGCUAAAGCACAUUUGCCCACAAUGCUACUAUUACAUGGUUACACUACCCAAAUUCCAUGAGCCAGCUUCUCUCUUUGGGUGAAAACUAAAUGUAUAGACGUCUCCAGCUUUUAUUUUUUUAUAACUUAUGAGACAAGAUGUUCAAGAUUCCCUUUUUUGUCCCGACUUCUUUCUCCAAAUGACUUGAGUAAAAAAAAAUUUAAUUUUCCAUAAUUUGUUGCGGUAAAUUUGCAUCCAACCCACAAGGGAAAUACUGGUUUAAACUCUCAUAUUUCAUAAUCAGAGGACAUGAGUUGAAACGUUUACUUUUUCACCGCCAUCUCGUCCUUGGCGAUUCACUUCCUGUUGCCACAUUUUCCCAUACAUCAGUUCUUUUUACAAACAAUACCAUCCUCUACUUCCUCUUCUUCAUUGUGCCUCUCUGUUCUCCCUCCCAUGUCCUAAAGGUGCUAAUGGAUGACGGCAGACGUGUUAAGGUUGCUCUCAUCUUGAGUCACCUUUUGUACAGUUGCAUUUCUCCUGUUUGCCUCUUAGUUCGCUUUGUUUCCAAGAGGUACUAAUGAUAAACAAGUUGAUGCUACUUUUAGCUGUAUUUGAAAAAAAAGAAAAGAAAAAUACUACUAAAUCCAUCUUCCAUCCCUUCUAUAUAUUUUGUUAGCAUGAGCGAUUCAUAUUGCUUUAACAUGGAUGAGAAUCGCUAGACGUCACCACUUCAUUAAAUGGAUGGGUAUGAAUGCUGUUUUCUUUCGAGGGAGGAGCACAGAUGGACAGAUGAGUGGACGGGGGAGAGAAGUAAUCGCAGAGCUCUCAAUCCGUUCUUAUGGUCGUUGUUCUUCUCUUUACCUCAGUUGUGACGUGUUUUCCCAGCCCACUGUCAUUAGCUUGCAUGACAAGAUUUACAAAAGUUAAACAAAACUGAUAGUUAACAUGGAUUACACCACAGUGAUGCUGCCUAAAGUCCUCAUGUGGUUCUGUUAGCAUUUCUUUAAUGUUUCAUACAAAUCUGUGCAUGUUAGACGUAUGUGAAAGGGCCGAUUGUGUGAAAUUGAAAGGUAAUGCUUGGGUUUGAGCAUCUUAGCGUUGAGUGGAGUUUUACUGUACCGCUGCCAAGAUGCGUGUAGGAGUUCCACUGAGGAUUUUAGAUUCACUAGUCGACCUAGAAAGGCUGCUGUAACCACUUCCACCUUGUCGAUUCCAUAUCUGUUUACAGAACCUUCAGGGUAUUUUUGGACAGAUUCAAGCGCCUGUCAGCUUGGUUAAAGGCCCCGAUUUAAGAAAUCCAUUUAUUCCAGGACUAGUUGGUUUGUGAGGACUUUGUGUGUGGGCUGGAAGAGUGAAAAGAUGCUUCUUUACACUACUGUGGAUGCAAAUAUUCCUCUGUCUGAUGUGGCUGAGAGAGCCUUAACUAGGUACGGUGUAAAAGUUUUUAGAACUGGUCCAAUCAUUGACCACUCGACAUUUCAUACAGAUUAUUGCCUGGUUAGUAUGUUGAAAACAAAACUAAAAUACUACGUAACGCGUCAACAAAAAUGUUAUUAAGACAAAAACCCUUGUGAAUGAUCAAGUCUGGAACCUGAGGUGAACGUUUUUUGCCUGUUUCCAAACCUAAUCGAGACCAUCAAAUAUUCAUAUAAAAAAUAUUCUGCACCUGUAGACAACCUGUUGUUGUUUCCUGCUUGUUUGAACUCUGAUCAUGAGCAAGAAAAAACAAUCAAACAAUAUAUUGCUUGUUUUUGUUUUAGACUGCCUUCUGAUAAGUACAGUAAUUCAUUUUUUUGUACCGCAUAGGUUACAGUAAAAAAAAAAAUGAUGUUGUACAUAGUGGUAGUUUAUAACCGACUGACAGUCUCUCUCAGGUUAAUCAAACGUAAUCAAACCUCAUCUGUUUUACUUAAGCAGCCAUGUUGUCAGUUUGGUGUUUGCUGGAUUGAAUUGGCCGCAGCUCGGACCUAGAGUCAAUUUAUUUGUAUCAUACCAUAUUUAAAUGAAUUUCCGAUUUGUCAAACUGUAUCAAACUUUACUAAGAAAAGAACACUACUUUUCAGGAGUCGAUUUUAGUUCUUGCGUGACUUGUGAUUCAGUAAAAGAAAAAGUUUCUUCACCUUGGAGAUGUGAAAUGGCUUAAAGGAAAUAUGACACAAAGUUUGAACUGAACCUGGAUCCGUGCUCAGUGGCUUCAUUCAUCCAGAUAAGUGGGCUGUGUUAAAAAAAAAAAGAAGAAAAAAAUUGGCUCGUUGAACCAGAAAUUCAUUUGUGAAAAUAUGCUAACUUGAUGAAUGAGCCUAAACUUUGCGAGAUUAUUUCAAAGUCACCGAGAAGUUUUAUUUUGGAAAUGGUUACAUACAUACCCUCACAAAAUUAGAGAUCUAUCUACUGGUCUUUUCUCUGUGUAUAUAUAUACAUAUAUAUAAGCUGUUGUGAAUCCAUAUUCAUUUUCAUUUCUUGGCCUUUUACAAGUAAAACACUUUUUUAAACAUGUUUAAAAAUACAAAAAACCUUCCAUGAUUGAGAGUGAGUGUUUAAAUAGUCUUGUCCAUAAACGAUAAUGAAAGGGAAAAGUAAGUCAUUCUGCCUUGUCAGUGUUUUAUUUGUAUGUUACAAAUAAAGGAAAGUUGUUUGACUUUUCAAGA